AAAACUCCAAACACGUGGGCACAGUCAUUUAAUCUAGAGUAUUUAUUAUGAAUAGGCCUUCACAAAUAUCACAAGAUGUAGCACAACCGCUUUCUAAUCAGCAUGAAACCGCGAUGAUGUCCUCCGACGAAGAUUCCAUGUCACGCGACUCGGGGAUCUGCGAGUUGAUGGACGAGAACACGCCGGUUUGCUUCUCCUCAAUGUCUACAGAGUCGACGACCGUCCAAGUCGAAGAGUGCAUGGAAAUCGAUGAGGAUGAAAAUUUACAGCCAGGACCUGUGUCUCGCCGCCAGAAAAAAGUCACGUUCAGACGAGAGAAGAGCUCCUGCCAGGUGCGUCUGUUCGACGAGUCGCCCACCUCGCACAAGAUGUUCAUGCGCCCGCAAGCCCCGCUGUCGGUUCGAUCCGAAAACCAACAACUCCUACAGCAGCGGAAACGGAAGUUCGAGAAGAGCGAACAAUCGUCAGAUCAUUUCCAUUUAGAGCCGAUGAGCGUCGAGGCGAUGGACGACGACGAAAUCGUGAUGAUGGACCAGAACACCACCAAGUGGGAGCCAGGCUUUCGAGCGCCGAACCAUAAGAAGGGACGUCUCACCCGUUCAGCAACCGCCUUCCCGUCACUAGAGACAUUUGAGGAGGAAGAGCACGAAGAGCAACAUCAUCUGAACGUGAAAUACCACCUCAAAACUGUUGCAAAGGAAUCCUCGAAAGGCUUCAGAAGAAUCACCGCCGAAACAUUGAGAGACAUCUUUUUCCGACUCUCUGAAAAAGAAUUUGAUGACAAGUAUAUUCUCAUUGAUUGCCGCUACCCAUAUGAAUAUAAUCGUGGUCACAUCAAGAACGCCAUCAACCACUUCGAUCGGGUCACAGUGAGCAAGAUCUUCUAUGAUGAGAAUGGCCGAAAGCGGUGCAACAAGAUUCCGAUCUUCUAUUGCGAAUUCUCACAGGCUCGUGGUCCAAAAAUGGCGUAUGCUCUUCGGCAAGUAGAUCGAGAGCUUAAUGUGAACCACUACCCAAAAUGUGAUUAUGAAGAGAUGUAUGUGCUCGAUCUUGGAUAUCGAAAUUUUUUCUUCGCUGCGAACGAAGCCAAUAUCACGAAUCUCUGCCAACCCCACGCAUACUGUGAAAUGCACGACAAGGAGCACACGAUGGAGCUCAAGAAGUACAACUUCCACAACAAGGGUCAAUCGGUACUGCGGACUGUGAGCAUGAGCCGCUCCUUCAAGUCCUUGCCGACGGGUUCCGCGUUCAACUUCGUCGCCUCAUCUGCUUCGUUCACCUCGGCACCGUCCACGUCGACAGAGAACAUUGAUACCAACGAUGAUUGCCAGAAAAGCCGGACGCCUGCCGUUCCGCGGAUCGCUUCGAGGCGUAACUUGUUCAGUGAUCCUUCACACUCUCCAACGAACUUUGCACAAUUUCCUCUGACUUGUUCACGAGAAACGCCCUCUCCCCACAAACAUCCCUUGACAUGUCCUCGUUUUUCAUAAAAUUAUUCCUCCUUGAUUUCUCCAACAGAGUGUUCCAUAGUUAUGUUGAGCGGUUCUUAGAUUCAAUUAUCGAAUCGACAUUUUUCUAUUUGAACGUGCUCUGUGCUAGACAAUGUAACUGGUCAACUUAACAAUAGGACGGUCUGUAUUUGCCAUAUUUCCGAACUUUCAAACUUUUAUAAGUUGGCAAGUUUCUCUCUCAUCACCCGCCAAAUCUUUCUUUCGCGCUCUCUCUCUCUUUUCUGUUUCCGAAUAUUUUCUAUGUCUCUCUUUAUCAAUCUUUGCCACACCAAAAAUUGUAUUUCUUGAAUUAUGGGUUCCUUCGGUUUCUCUGCCACUUUGUCCCGUGUGACUUCCCCUCAAUGUCCCCUGGGUUUAGGAUGGAUGGGCUAGAUCACACAUAUAUGUAUCUAUAAGUUUCUAGAUGUUGACGUACUUUCCCCCCUCUCUGUAUCCAGUGCUCAGAUCCUGAAGAACAUAGACUGUAAGAAGACUAGAUUUAUUUUCAACUAAUUUUGACUAUCGUCCUAUUUUUAUAUGUAACCACACAGUGUUAUAUAGGGAUCAUAUUCCGACUAAAUAAAAUUUAUUUUACUUU